GUUCAAAUUGGCUUUGUUGUCUACACGUUGUGCACGUCAACUGGCAGCGUAAUGGUCUCACCAGCUCACCAUGCUGCUCGUGGGGCUUCAGCUGCCCUCAUUACAGCCACUGUACUAGCCAACUUGAUGCACAACCGCAAGGUGCUGGUGACGUUACUGCGGCGCCGAGCCUUGACUCAAUUAACACUCGCCAAACCAUCUCGCAACGCCGCAGCAAUUGCCAUUUUCAUCGGUGUCUUCCGAUAUCUGCAGCGCUCCGCCUCCGUACGAUCCAAUAGUGUUAAUACCGUCACGACUUCGCCCAAACCUCCUCGGAUACCGGGGGCUGUACUGGCGUCUGCAGUGGCUUCGGGGCUAGGAACCGCGUGUCUAUCGCCCAAAGCUCGUCCAGCGCUUAUAUCGUUGCUAUCGACUAAUGCCGCCAGCCAACUCGUCCGCGAUCUGAUAGAGAAACACCCUGAGCUGCACGUGUUCAAGCCGCUGGAGCUGCUGAUGUUCAUGACGGCAGUCGGAUGGAUCUACUACUCUGGUUUCUUCCAUCCAGAGAGCUACCAGCGAUCGCACAUGCGCCUCAUCCUCAAGUACGUACUGUUGACACAGCCCAUGGCCUCGGAACUGCAGGACCAGUAUCGCCUCGGCCUUAAUCCGAAUCCGUGUUCCAUGCGCCACAAAGGAAUGAGCUGCAACCAGUUCGCACGCAGUGACUUCCUGCCGCGCGUGACCUCUGAAGCCUUCAGAUUAUACUUCCCCGUGCACUUCUCGGCGUGGUUGUUCGCCCAAAGACUCGCCAAAGUGCGCUCCAGACCAAUGUCCACGCGACUUCGGCGCUUCGUCGCCAAACUAUUGCGAUCAACAGCAUAUUUUACAACGUUUGUGUACGUGGGCUGGGUCUUGUCUUGCCACAUGGGGAAGUUCGGCGAUCGUUCGAUAACGCACCGGAAACUGCAGUUCUUUUUGGGCGGCGCGCUCCCUUCGCUUGCGAUUUUCAUCGAGUCACCGUCGCGUCGACGGCCGAUCGGAUUAAUUCUUACUUCUUACGUGCUUGUGAGCAUGGGCAAUGUAGCAUUUCGACGUAUUCCGUGGCUGCAGCCAGGUGCGAGUCCCGUUCGUGGCGUGCUUGAAGCGGGUUGUGCGGCUGCAGCCGUGGCAGCGACUAUCUCGGCUUCACUGGAGAGUAACCACCUUAUUCGGCGUAUCCUUCUGGGCGAACUCGAAGCUCGUUCACUGCAACAACAGCUCAAAGAGGCAGAGCCAAGUGCAGAACUGGCAGAGAAUAAGGAGCCGUCACGCGACGGUUAUUAAUUCGUUCGCGUAUCUAAUUGCUGUAUCACUUUAAAAAAAUGUAUCCGAACUUAUCCUUGACUACCAG